AUGGCUACAUUCCAGGUGUUCUCAGGUGGUCCUGGGAGCGCACAGGGAAGCCUGGGCUGGGCGCUGCCACCGACAGGAUGGCCCCAGGGACGCCUCACGGAGAAACAGUACGAGGACUCCGAGUGGUGGCACAGGCGCUUCAGAAAAUUCCAGCCCUCGGAGGGCUCGGACCCCCUCCAGAGCGUGCACACAAUUAAGGAGUUUCUCAACCUGUGGAUGAGGCCGGACAUGCGCUCCACGCAGCAGAUCCUGGACCAGCUGGUGCUGGAGAAGUUCAUGACCUGCAUGUCCCUGGAGCUGCAGGUCCUGGUCCGGGAGAGGAAGGUGCAGAGCUGCGAGGAGCUGGAGGCCUUGCUGAGGAAGAAGGAGAAACCCAGGAAAUGGAGGGUGCUCACCAUCCAAGGGCAGGAAUAUCUUCUGGAGAAUUCGGAGGAGGAUCUGGUGCUGGACUUGUCCCUGAAGUCUUCAACCCCCAUAAGUGAGGUGGGAGAACAUCCUGAGAAUGGCCCAGAGGUCCUAGGAGGGCCAGAGAACCAGCCAGGACCCAGUGACACGGCAUGGGGACAGGGGCAGAAAUUCCUCCUGCCGGAGACGAUUCCACAGAACAGUGACCCGCAGGGUGUGAGGCCCACGGUGAGGUCGGAGGAGGUGGAGGAUGAUGUGAUGGAAGAAGAGGAAGAGGCAGCAGUUCUCACACCUCCAGAGACUCCACUUCUCAGCAGUCCUGGAGAUUCGGUGAUGACAGAGGAGGAGCAGAGCCCCCAAGAAGGAAUCGGCCUUGAACACGUGGGUGCCCCUGACGAACAUCCCACCCACGUCCCUGAGAUCUUGAAUCAGUGUCAGAAGAGGAGAGGUCCUCGGACCCCAAGAGGUGCCCCCAAGAGAAAAAGGGGGAACACUCCCACCGUCCAAGCGGAGCCUCAGGAAGCAGCCAUGAGAUCGGACCGAGGACAAGUCGUAGGACAGCGCGGGUCCGAUUCAGUUGGUGACCAGUUGACUGUGAAGCCAACCGACCACCCUGUUUGUAACGACCCCGGGAGACAGAUCCCGUACGAGUGUAAGGACUGCAGCAAGAGGUUCAGCUACAAAUCCCAGUUUGACCUUCACCGGAGGACGCACACGGGAGAGCGGCCCUUCCCGUGCCCCUCCUGCGUCAGGAGGUUCAUCCAGGCCUCGGACCUGAAGGUGCACCUGCGGACCCACACGGGCCAGAAGCCGUUCGUCUGCGAGGUCUGCGGGGAGCGCUUCACCCACGCGUCUACGCUGCGCGGCCACCUGCGGGUCCACACCCGCGAGAGGCCGUUCCAGUGCGGCGUCUGCCUCAAGAGCUUCAGCCACCGGGGCAACCUCAACGUCCACCUGCGCACCCACUCCGGCGAGAGGCCCUACAGGUGCCCCCGGUGCGAUGGCGCCUUCCGCCAGCUGGGCACGUUCCAGCGACACCAGAGGACCUGCCGAGGAGCGCCCCGGGGAGCGAUGGUCCAUGAGCACGUAGACACUUAG